UAGAUGCGCAAAUGAGCUAUUUUGAGGAUGCGCGCAAGGAUAUUCAAUUCAGUUUGUAUCGUUCCGUCCGUUGGUGAUGAACUUGUAUCUGAUUUAUCGGUCGUGUGCAUAAAAUUUAUAUACAGUGUUUUUCAAACUGAUGACAAAACUAUCUAACGGAUACAAUAAACGUGUACAAAUAAGAGUGUUUAGGAAAUUUUACACAAAAACAAACAAAUAAAAGAAAAACAAAACAAAAAAAACUUUUCCAAGCUUCUAUAAGUGUGCAAUGUCGGUGCGGUCUGCUUCACCAAAAGUGUUACUCGAUAUCAGUUAUAAGCCCCUUAUCGAUCACAGCGCCAACUUAAUGAAUAUGAACCAAAAUUCGCUAAAAAUCAUUCAUGUCGAGCAAAACUAUCUGCAAAUGCCGCAACACCAUCAACACCCGCAUCUGCAAGGAUACCUCACGCCACAUGGCUACCCCACAACGGAUCCCAUGGACCACGAACAGGACACAGAGUACAAUAUCCCGAGUAGUGAAAUCCUAAGUUCCGCUACAAACUCGCCCAAUGUAACGCCUCCUCUAAUACAAAAGGACACCCAUUCAAAUAAUAAUAAUAACAACAGCAUCAAUAACAACAACAAUAAUUCGUACCACAACAACGACUUGCAUCAUUUUAUGAAUGAAAACGGAAAGCGCCGGCAGAACUUUGACUGCGGCAGCGACGACCUGCUGCAGGACAACAAAAAAUCGCUGAUGUACACCGACGAAGAGCACUUCCAUCACAUUCCACGGCAACAACCGCCAACCGCCAUUGGAAAGUUCUUCGUCGAAUACUUGCCGACAACAGUUGACGAAGUUGGAGCUGGUAGCGCUGCAAAUAGUGUUCAGACGAGCAAUCAUACGCCACCCUUCAAUCAUGCCUAUAACGGAAACGAUGACGAUAUCUGCGAAACCAGCCAGGACAACUUCAAAUACCAACCAUUCCAUCAGCCGCCAGAAAUGACGCCUCAAACAAUAAAUCAAGGUCAACUUCCGCCAGCUCCCCAGCAACAAGGACUGUUCGACUUUGAUCACACGAAUUCGCUGAAUGGCAGCACCUACUCAAGUUCGGACAGAGACGAAAUGGAGUACCGCCAGUCGGCGUACAUGUUCCACAACGAGGAAGACCUGUUGCAAAUGUCGUCCGGCGCUGAUCCGUCCAAGUUCCGCAAACCCCGUCGGAGGACAAAGAGGAAAUCGAGCAAAUUGGAAGAUGCCGGUGAGUUCCAGAACCAGCGAGUGAUGGCGAAUGUGAGGGAGCGCCAACGCACCCAGAGCCUCAACGACGCCUUCAAGUCCCUACAACAGAUCAUUCCAACGCUCCCCAGCGAUAAACUCAGCAAAAUCCAAACGUUGAAAUUAGCCACAAGAUAUAUCGACUUCCUGUGCAGAGUUCUAUCGACGAGUGAGAUCAGUCUCCUGAAGGCCCUGGACAAUCACGGUGUGACCCAGAGUAAUUCGGGGAAUCUGGGUGGAUUCGCCCUAGGCGCAUCUGUCCUCAACGACGAGUCCAAGGGAAGACGGAACGCUCCCAUAAUCCCACCAGAAAAGCUAAGCUAUCUCUUCGGAGUCUGGCGGAUGGAGGGCGAUGCCCACAAUAAAUCAUAGACCAAGUAACUCCAAGUCGAUUUAUUUUUGUUUUUCAUUUCAAACUUGAAGAUCUUCCAAUGCGCAUUUCCAUAAUUUUAGUUGUCUAAGUUGUUAAUUUAAAAAUUAUACACAAUUAAGAAAAUUUUUAUAAAAUUUAAGUAAAUGUUUAUAUUUUAUAUAUAUAUUAUUUUAUAAUUAUAAAACAAAAAUCAAAAUAUGUAAAUUAUGUUGAAAAUU